UGGACGAUUAUCGCUCACAUGAGAGUGGUGGGCGUACCCGACUGGCAUCAGUUCUCCCUGCGCCGACCAAUAGCCAGGACACCUACUCCGCUCUCGUUCAGACAGCAACAAUGGCGACAACGAAGAAGAGCUACAUCAGCGAAGAUCCGCUUCUCAAGUACACGGUGGACCAUUCUCUCAGACUGACAGACGUCCAGAAAAGGCUGAACGAAGCCACCUUCAAGCAUUCCAAUUACGAAAUGCUGGGCGCUCCUGAGGUGCUGCAGCUGAACGCCAACCUGAUUCAGGCCAUUGGCGGGAAGAAGGUGCUGGACGUCGGGGUGUUCACGGGAGCGAGCUCACUGGCGGCUGCCCUCGCCCUGCCGCCUGACGGGGAGGUGCACGCCUUGGACAUCAACGAGGAAGACACCCGCAUUGGUAAGCCGUUCUGGGCAGAGGCUGGCGUGGCAGACAAGAUCCAUCUGCACAUCGCGCCGGCCAGUCAAACCCUUCAGCGUCUUAUCGAUGAAGGUCACGCCGGAACAUUUGACUUUGCCUUUAUUGACGCCGACAAGAUGGGCUACGACGAGUAUUACGAGAAGUGCCUGGUGCUGCUGCGGCGCGGAGGCAUCAUCGCCUUUGACAACACAGUGCAAGCCGGCCGAGUCAUAAACCCCGACGACCACAAGCCCGCCACUGUGGCUAUCAGGAAGCUGAACGAGAAGCUCCGGGACGACCAGCGCAUCAACCUGUCCUUCCUUAAGAUCGCUGACGGCUUCACACUGUGCUUCAUCAAGUAGUGUUGCCCAUCAGUACAUGGCCGCACAAGCCCUAAUCUUGUUCAUUAGCCUCUGGAGAGGGUACUUUAUCAAAUGCCUUGCUCAAGUCAAGCUAUGUUAUGUCAUAAUCAUCAUCAUUAUCUUCUGCUCCACAAACUUUGCUAUAAAAGCUCAACAAGUUACUAAAGCAUAACUUACCUUUUGUGAGUGUACGUCGUGAAUCUUAUUAACCUAUGCGUGCCUAACGAUUUUUAAUGUUACUUGAAAUUAUUAAUUUCUAAUGAAUUAUUGAUUUUAAUAAAGGCAUUUGAAAAG